AUGAAUUAUACUCCACUAGAUCAAAACCACAUGCAACAUCAACAUGCUACUGUGUUGUGUUGCAGUUGUGGUGUGCCCAUGGAUGGUUCCUCAGGGUUAGUAAUGUGUUACGACUGUAUCAAGAUGAACGUUGAUAUUACUGAAGGUAUUCCAAGAGAAGCCAAUGUUUCAUUCUGCAGAAACUGUGAAAGAUUUUUACAACCACCUAGUCAGUGGAUUAGAGCUUCUUUAGAAUCUCGUGAACUUUUAGCCCUUUGUUUGCGCCGUUUGAAAGGGUUAAACAAAGUCAGAUUAGUCGACGCAUCUUUUAUCUGGACCGAACCUCAUUCCAGACGUAUUAGAGUGAAAUUAACUGUCCAAGGUGAAGCAAUGGCUAAUACAAUCAUUCAACAAACCUUUGAAGUCGAAUAUGUGGUUGUUGCCAUGCAGUGUCCUGACUGUGCCAGAUCUUAUACUACUAAUACUUGGAGAGCGAACGUUCAAAUUAGACAAAAAGUGCCCCAUAAGAGAACAUUUUUGUAUUUGGAACAAUUGAUUUUGAAACAUAAUGCACAUGUUGAUACUAUUUCAAUUAGUGAAGCUAAAGAUGGUCUUGAUUUCUUUUAUUCACAGAAGAAUCAUGCUGUUAAGAUGAUUGACUUUUUGAAUGCUGUGGUUCCAAUCAAGUGUAGAAAAUCUGAAGAGUUGAUUUCUCAAGAUAUCCAUACAGGUUCGUCGACAUAUAAAUUUACUUUCUCAGUGGAAAUUGUUCCAAUCUGUAGAGAUGAUUUAGUCGUCUUACCAAAGAAACUUGCCAAAUCCUUGGGUAACAUUUGCCAAUUUGUGCUUUGUUCUAAAGUAACAAACUCCAUCCAAUUCUUGGAUCCAACAACACUACAAACUUGUGACUUAUCAGCAUCAGUGUAUUGGCGUGAGCCAUUUAGUGCAUUGGCUGAAGUCUCUCAGCUAACAGAGUUCAUCGUGCUAGAUGUUGAACCUACUGGACAGGUGAGGAACAAAUGGGUCUUGGCCGAUGUUACUGUCGCAAGAGCUUCUGAUUUAGGCCAAAAUGAUCAAACAUACUAUGUUAGAACUCACCUUGGUGGUAUUAUACAUCCUGGUGACAGUGUUAUGGGUUACUUUAUCGCUAACUCUAACUAUAACUCUGAAUUAUUUGAUGCUUUGAACAACGAUUAUGUUCCUGAUGUUGUUCUUGUCAAGAAAUUAUACCAAAGAAAGACCAAGAAGAACAGAAAGUGGAAGUUGAAGAGAAUGGCAAGAGAACACAAGGACAUCGAGGCCUCCCAAGACUACACCUCUAGACAACAGAAACAAGAAAUGGAACGUGCAGAAAGAGAUUACGAAGUGUUCUUGCAAGAAUUAGAAGAAGAUGAGGAAAUGAGACAAACCAUCAACCUAUAUAAGAGUAAAACUACCGCUGAACAUGAAGCUGAAAUGGACGAAGAUGAAGAUGAAGAUGCUCCACAAAUUGAUAUCGAUGAAUUGUUGGAUGAACUUGAUGAAAUGACUCUAGAGGAUCAACAACAAGAAAACGAAGCCGGAAUUUAA